AAUAAAGGGGCAAACAUAGCUGCUCUAGAAGAGCAGAGAAAUUGAGACCAGAUCAGAAACCUCUGAACCUCACACUGAAGCUGGUACUCCAACACUCCACCAUGCAGGGCUCCUCAGUCUUUCUGUGCCUGCUGGUCUUAGCAGCCACCUUUAGCUCCCUCCUGUUGGCUCAGCCAGUUGGAGUAAAUACCCCGAUCUGCUGUUAUGUAUUUAACAGAAAGAUCCCACUGAAGAGGGUGAGGGGCUACGAAAGAAUCACCAGCAGCAGGUGUCCCCAAGAAGCUGUGAUCUUCAGGACUUUAAAGAACAAGGAGGUCUGUGCUGACCCCACACAGAAGUGGGUGCAGGACUACAUUGCCAAACUGGACCAGAGAACCCAGCAGAAACAGAACUCAACUGCACCUCCAACUUCAAAGCCUUUGAACAUUCGUUUCACAACCCAAGACCCCAAGAACCGUAGCUAAUUUAUCUCCCACCGUGUUUCCUCAGUAACCUCUGAUGCUAGUAUGAACUUUAUUGACAUGAAAUGAUGUCUUAAAAGGUAUUAAUCUUAUUUAACUUAUUGAUGUUUUAAUUUUAUCUUCCACAAACACCAGUGUAUUUAGAGUUGGGAAUUUAAUUUGCUUUCUAUGAACUUCAGUUCUACACCUAGAAUGUUAUUAAGGUCUUUGUAAGGAUCUCAAAUGCAAAAAAAAUUGCUUUAAAUUUCAGAACACUUUUAGAAUUAUUGUUGUAAAAAUAAAUAUUAUACAAUUAUUGAAUAAAAGUAUAUAUAUGUAUUUAUAAAAUCU